AGCUGCUGUGACACCUCUCCCUGCCCCCAGCCCGCUGUUUGGCUGGAGGCUCCAGGAGGACAGCUGGGCAGAAGGGGAGACAUGGAGACUGAGUUUCUUGAACAUCAGGAUGUGUUUUAUCUGGUUUUGUGUCCUCAGCAUGUAGCACAGUUUCUGACACACAACUGUGCCAUGGUGCUCAGCGACGGAGAAUGGCAGUUGGUGCUGAACAUCUGGGCGAAGGUGGAAGCUGAUGUCACAGGCCAUGGGCAGGAUGUCCUCAUCAGGCUCUUCAAGGGUCAUCCCGAGACCCUGGAGAAAUUUGACAGGUUCAAGCACCUGAAGACAGAGGCUGAGAUGAAGGCCUCAGAGGACCUGAAGAAGCAUGGCAACACCGUGCUCACCGCCCUGGGGGCCAUCCUCAAGAAGAAGGGGCAUCAUGAGGCAGAGCUGAAGCCCCUGGCCCAGUCGCAUGCCACCAAGCACAAGAUCCCCAUCAAGUACCUGGAGUUCAUCUCGGACGCCAUCAUCCAUGUUCUGCACAGCAGGCAUCCUGGGGACUUUGGUGCCGACGCCCAGGGAGCCAUGAACAAGGCCCUGGAACUGUUCCGGAAGGACAUCGCCGCCAAGUACAAGGAGCUGGGCUUCCAGGGCUAAGCCCCACCCCCCAUGCCCCUCUCCCCACCCACCUGGGCAGGGAGGGAGGGGACUUAAUCUUGUGUAGCUGUAGGGUUUGCUUCUGAGUGCCUGCUUUGUUUGUGAGAGGCGGGUGGGA